UCCCCCCAUUAAACCACCACCUCCACCUCCGCCUCCGCCUCCUCCUCCUCCCACGCCCCGCUUCAUCUAACCCCCUCCCCUGAAUCCGCUUCGUACGCCUGCCUGCGGCCUCGUCGUGCCACCCACCAAACCAUACACACGCACACACGCACACGCGCUCGGGCUGCCAUUUUUUCCUGUGGAUGGAGUAACCGCUGUUCCUUCCUUCUCCGGGCGCGGCGAUUUCGGGAGCGUUGGGCACGGCUCCGCGGGGUCGCAUUUUGGCGGAGGGAGCCGGCCUCCGGCGGCAUUUCCCCUCGACUCCUCCGGCAUUCGGCCGUGUUGGCCGGCGGCGGCAGGGUUGGUUUGGUUGUGGACCGGUGAGCAGGAGGCCACUGCAGCAGCGGUAGCGGGCUCCUUUUCGCGGGGCCCCUUUUCGCCGCCGCCGCGGCAGCUGGUGGUGGUGCUGGUGCGGUGGGGAUGCGCCUUGCCUUUUUGCCGCCCCCGUCCCCGUGUGGCGUGAUUCCGAAGGGUCGUGGGCGUGGGCGCGGCCGCGUUGGCUUGUGCUAGAUUAGCACCGCAUCUUCUGGGCGAAGGAACGGAGGGAGGUCGGCUGGGGGCCAAGCCCCAAAAGGAAGGUUCCGCGCAAUGCCCACCAUCCGGGCUCCGGCUUCCAGGCAGACGGCCACGCUGCAGGUGGCCGUCAAGUGCAGGCCACUGACCGACAACGAGCGCCGGCGCUCGCGGCACAUCAUACAAGUCAUUGAUGACAAGAAUGUGGCUGUGUUGGACCCUGAUAUCUCCAAGGGCUACCUGGACCUCAUCCAGAACCGGACCAAGGAGAAAAGAUACAGCUUCGAUCACGUGUACGCGCCUGGAUGCUCCAACACGGACGUUUAUAAGAAUAUUUCUCCCACAGUUUUGGGUGUAGUGCAAGGCCUUAAUGUGACAGUCUUUGCCUAUGGAUCUACUGGAAGUGGCAAAACAUAUACAAUGGUUGGAAGCCGGAAUGAUCCUGGUCUUAUGGUUCUUAGCUUCCGCACAAUCUUUGAUCAAAUAAAAAAAGAUGAUAGUUCAGAUACAUUUGAAGUCUCAUGUUCAUAUCUGGAAGUAUACAAUGAGGUUAUCUAUGAUUUGCUUGAGAAAUCGUCGGGUCACCUGGAGCUUCGUGAGGAUCCCGAGCAUGGCAUAAUAGUCGCUGGUUUAAGAAGAAUUAAGGUCCAUUCAGCAGAUAAGAUCCUUGAACUCUUGAACAUAGGCAACAGCAGACGCAAGACAGAGAGCACGGAAGCAAACGCAACUUCUUCGCGUUCACACGCUGUACUGGAAAUUACUGUAAGACGCAAGCAGAAAGGAAAAUAUGGUAGUCAAGUUCUUCGUGGAAAGCUUGCCUUGGUUGAUCUUGCGGGCAGUGAGAGGGCUACUGAAACGAACAAUUUUGGCCAAAAGCUUAGAGAUGGAGCCAACAUUAAUCGGUCACUUCUAGCGUUAGCGAAUUGUAUCAAUGCCCUCGGCAAGCAAAAUAAGAAAGGUCUAGCAUAUGUUCCAUAUCGCAACAGCAAAUUAACUCGAAUUCUGAAGGAUGGUCUCUCUGGUAAUUCUCGAACUGUUAUGAUUGCCACAAUAUCACCAGCUGAUGAUCAGUAUCAUCACACUACCAAUACACUCAAGUAUGCGGAUCGUGCUAAGGAGAUAAAAACACAUGUUCAUAAAAAUAUUGGAACGAUCGACAAUCAUGUUGAAGACUACCAGAGGAUGAUAGAGAAUCUCCAGGGUGAGGUAUCCCAGUUGAAAAAGGAAUUAGCUGACAAGGAGCAUCAGUUGAGCGUAAAACCUACUGAAAAGGCUGCAGAUAAUGAGCUAUCUUGGCUAAAUGUCUUGAGCCAGGAAACUGGUGAGAAUGUUCAGGAACGUAUAAAUCUACAGAAAGCACUGUUUGAACUUGAAGAAACUAACAAGCGUAACCGGAUGGAGCUCCAACAUCUUGACGGUGCAAUUGCAAGACCACAGGUGAACGAGAAGGAUUAUACAGUUUUGCAAGCAUUAACAUCAAGGAGACAAGUUAUUCUUGACAACAUCCGUGACAAUGAUGAAGCUGGUGCUGGCUACAGAAAGGAUAUUGAAUUGAAUGAGAGCCGUAGGCGUCAGCUCCAAGAUAUGAUCGAGGAGGCUACCAGUAACAAUGGGAACAGGACUUACCUGCAGAUUCUCAGCCAAUACAGGCUUCUUGGAAUGAAUAAUGCUGAGCUUCAAAUUGAGAUGGCUAUGCGGGACCAAGUAAUACAUAACCAGAGGGAAUCUCUAAGGAGCCUAUGGAACAUUCUCUAUGGAACAGGGCUAAACCAGAAGCAGAUUCUGAAGUUGGCUGCUAAGCAAGGUUUAACUGUAGAAGGCUGUCCUUUGCCUAGCUCGAGCCCUGAUGUUGCUACGCCCCAUGGAAGGCUGCCACCAUUCAUGUCGUUUCCUAGUCCACAGUCACAGUCUUCUUCUUCUCCAUCUAGUUGCUUUUUCCAACAAGGUUUCAGCACCAUGUCUGUUCUCAAAAAUCAACAUGAGACGCCUACCAUCUGUAGGCAGGAACAUCUCAGCUCUUACUACAUGAUGUCUGGCUGCUCGCCUUAUGCUGGUGAUGGAAAACAAUGGGCAAGUGGAGUCUCAACGCCAUACCAUUCUACCCCAGAAACGAAAAGCGAGCGAUCGCCCUGCAGCGGCGAGCUUCGCACCCCAUAUUCUGGAAUUGAAGGUUUCAGCAGGCAAAGGAAGGAUUCGUGCUCUAGAGAAAGGUAGAGGAAGCACAUCAAAAUUCAACAAGACACACGAGUCAUGACUCACACAAGCAGCUGACAUGGCUAUAAUACCAGCCUGAUGCCUGCAAUCUGAUAUGAUCCUCCUGUGUGCACAUCAUCUGCCGACACCGGCCGGCCGAGUUCCUGGAUCUGAUAAGAGAUGUUACUGGUAGUUUAGGCCAAGCUGUUGCCAUGCUCAUGGUCAUUUUGGUGCCUCUAGAUUUCUGACAUGGCGCACUCCACUCCUGUACAGUAGUUGUUAGUCUCCUGUAGUCAGCCCUGCUGCACCCUGUCUCCUGUUAGUCUGUUCCCUUGUAUAGUGUAUGCAUCUGUUGGGGCUGAAUCUGCCUUUUGGGCCAAGAAUCCUGUAAAUUUGCUGCGACUCUUAACCCUUGAUCAAGCAAGUGAAGCCCAGCUCCGAA